AUGGUUGGUCAGGUUCAACACCCCUCUGUUGUUCAGAAGGUAGCUGGCGAGCUCCGUCAGCAAUCUAUUCAGGGAUACGAUAGUGGCUUCCAAAGGUCGGGGAUGUACCAAAGGCGUGCAUAUGGGAACUACUCUAAUGCUGCAUUGCAGUAUCCCUUUAUGCCAGUAUGCAGAGCUACCACUGGUCUAUCUUUGGUUCCAUCAACUGCAUCCCCAAUCUUUGUCCAAGCCCCUGCAGAGAAAGACCACUUUCUUGUUUAUUUUCUUGCGUGUGUGGUCUCUGUUGCUCACUCUAAAACUCAUGCUGCUCCAAUUGAGCGUGUCAAACUUUUGAUUCAGAACCAGGAUGAAAUGAUCAAAACUGGUCGGUUGUCUGAACCCUACAAGAACUUUGUUUACUGCUUUGUCAGGACAAUCAAGGAAGAGGGGUUUGGUUCAUUGUGGAGAGGGAACACUGCCAAUGUCAUCCGUUACUUCCCUACACAGGCAUUGAACUUUGCAUUCAAGGAUUACUUUAAGAGGCUAUUCAACUUCAAGAAAGACAGGGAUGGUUACUGGAAAUGGUUCGCUGGUAACUUGGCAUCAGGAGGUGCUGCUGGUGCUUCUUCCCUUCUCUUUGUGUACUCUCUGGAUUAUGCCCGUACCCGUUUGGCUAAUGAUGCUAAAGCUGCAAAGAAGGGAGGAGAACGACAAUUCAAUGGUCUUGUUGAUGUCUACAGGAAGACAUUAAAAUCUGAUGGCCUUGCUGGUCUUUACCGUGGAUUCAACAUAUCUUGUCCUGUGGUCCUGACUGGAGGUUUGCAGGAUAGUUUCUUUGCCAGCUUUGCCCUUGGUUGGCUCAUCACCAAUGGUGCUGGUCUUGCUUCCUACCCAAUUGACACUGUUCGCAGAAGAAUGAUGAUGACCUCCGGUGAAGCUGUCAAGUACAAGAGCUCCCUGGAUGCCUUCAAGCAGAUCUUGAAGAAUGAGGGUGCCAAGUCUCUCUUUAAGGGUGCUGGUGCCAACAUCCUCCGUGCCAUUGCUGGUGCUGGUGUCCUUUCUGGUUAUGAUAAGCUACAGCUGAUCGUGUUCGGGAAGAAGUAUGGAUCUGGUGGUGCCUAA